AUGGACUUUGUAAACUCAUUUUUUGGAAACAACAAAUCUACGCCCAAGCCUCAGUCAACUCAACAACAACAACGCAUCGUGCUGACAUGGAAACAGAACAAUUAUGACAUUCCACUCACUCACCUCCCGCGUUACUUCCAUGAGGUCACUGUGGGUGAUUUGAAAGAGAUCAGUAAAAAGAAAACUGGAAUUCCUGUAGCCGCAAUGCGUUUAAUUGCAUCUGGAGCAUACAUGAAGGACGAUACAGCAACAAUUAGUAGCUGCGGUAUUCAACCCGGUUCGAUUGUCAUUAUUGAAGGAGAGCGGCCAAAUGAAGAGCAGGUUCGACAGACAGCAUCUGGAAACCCCGAGGAAUACGGAUUAAUUAUACGAAUCAACAAAGUUCUUGACAAGAUUGGACUCGAAUUGAUCCAUGAGGUGGACAUGUUUGAGGCAAUAAUCGCCAGUCUGGAAUAUUUCGAAGAUGAACAUGAGAAGAAGAGACUUUAUGAUCAAGGAAGCCUUCUGUCAGAGCAAUUGAUGCAAGGCCUUAUAACUCUGGAUGGUGUUGACUGCCCUUCUCAAUUUGAUACUGCAAGACAGCGUAGACGUGAAGGAGUCCGGAUUUCACAAGAAUUGCUUGAUCGCGUUGAUUGUUCAAAAACAGCCUUCAAACUUUUGUGUAUAAAACCAUCCCUAUAA